CAACGGAAGGUGCACUAGAAAAAUUUUGUUAAAAUAUAUAUAUCUAAUUAAAAAAAAAGAAGAAAAACAAUGAAAUUAUUCAUUCAAAGAGCAUUUACAUUAGUAGUUUUCUUCAAGGCAGCCUCGAGCAUUGACCUCUGGGCUAGUAAUAUUUAUACUGUUACAAAUGGAACACGUUAUACAUCAUUGCAUCCGAAUGUUGCUUUGAGGCCUUUCGAAAAAGUAUUUCAUAUCAAAGAAAAUGUUAUUUUCAUAAGUGGUGAGCGCAUUGAAGGUGACCAUUUAAUUUUAACUUACUCGGAUGAAGCUCAAUACACACGUGAAGAAGAUGUUGAAGUGUUAUUAAAUUUUCCCGCUCGUCCUAGUAAUGCUAGUAUUUACACGUUAACACAUGUGCAAGUUUAUGUGCAAGUAACGUCGGAUGAAACUAGUGCGUACUUUAUUGGAAAACCAGGUGGUAUCGGUAAACGAUUUUGUGAUAUUUUAUUGGCUUGCAAUGAAACUCAUAAUUAUGGUUAUCAAAUCUACUUUUACGGUUAUUGAAAGAUUGACAACAACAAUGCUUUUAGUUAGUGAACUGUGAUUAAUUUAGGAGAAUGUUAUCUUAGAUUAAAAUCUUUUUUCGCAGCAAUUUAAUGGAAAUUUGAAAUUUCUCUAAAAAUAAGUAAUUUUCAUUUAAUUUAUUUCUAAGGUUGAGUAUAAUUAUUAUUUACCCGAUGUAAUACAAAUUGUAACGUUUGUUGCAACUACAGCCCUGUAAGGGGAUAUCAUGAUAAUGAUAGGCGGUCGUAAAGAACAAAGUUCGCAUGCCUGAAAGAAAAGAAGAAAAACGAACCUAGUUUAUCGAACAAGAACGAGGAUUGUGGCUUUUUGGUUUUCGACAACGAAAAAGAGAUUUGGUCACGAAAGCGUGAAGCGAAGUAUACGUUCUUACAAACUGCGUUAAAAAUUUAAAAACGUUUUGUAGUAAAGAAACAUAAACAAAUUAUUUUGGGAACCCUUUUUUUGAAAAAGCUUAUUUAAUUUGUGCGUGGUAUUUGUCUAUAAAUUUUUUGCGAAUAUCAAUCAACGUGAAGUUGAAACGCAAAAAGAUAAAUCUACACAAGUGGAAAUUUUGGACAUGCUGAUCGUAUUACCAUAUUUUGCUUUCCAUUAUGAUUUUAUUUAUGGAACUAAUAGAAAGAAAAAUUUUGGUGCAAAUUGAAUGUUGUCGAUUAAAAAUUAAUCUACUAAUUUUAUAAUCUCAGUCUUAAAAAUACCCUCUGUUUUCUUGUGAAAUUUUCUGGCUGAAAAUGGAUUCAAAUCAUAUUUUUUUUGUGACAAAUUUACGUAUCUCGUUUUUUUUUUUUGCAAAUGAGUGAAUAACGAGUGUUAGUGUCAUGACGUACGCAACCCGGCGGUUCAUUUUUUAAUGUUUUUUUUUUUUGUUUUAUUUUAUUAAAUAAGAAAAUAAUUUUAUAAGUGCAAACUAAUACCGAGCAAUUAACUCAAAGGAAAUGUAGCCCAGUUCAUCAAAUUACUAAUAUCGUGGGGGUCCAUACCCAUAUACCUUGAAAAAUAAUGAAAAAGUAAAAAAAGGGGUAAAGAAAAACCAAACUGUGAAAAAUGCUACAAUGCAAACUAAAUAUUUAAGUAUGGGAACAUCUGCCGCCCUUUAAGAAACCUUCAAAAAAAGCGAAUACAACAAUAUGACCAUGUAUAUCGGCGAAGCUAAAGAGAGACUCGGAUAGAGAAGAAAGCUGUACUCCAACUUAAAGCGCAUGAGUAAUGCUUUUCAUAUACUGUGCGCGUCAACAAUGUAAACCUUUUCAAGUUUUCUUGAUGCGAUGACUGCUUUAUAAACUUGAUUGUUGUCAUUUAUUUAUUUAUUUAUUUAUUUAUUUUUGUGUUCAUAGCAUGCCAUAAAUAAAGAUAAAAAUAUGAUCUUAGAGGAGGAACUCAUGAGGUGCAUAUAAAACUAUCUAGGUAUUUAUCAAACGUGCAUCAAAGAUAUAUAAAGAGCACUUAAUAUUACAUUUGCAUUUAUUUAGCAAAAAGUGAGGAGUGAACUGUAGAUUUCUAGCAGAUAUGAAGUAAAGGUGACGUUAUUGUAAGAUGUUCCAGCUAGAAAUCAUAUAUGAACAAGUGUCCACGAGCUCCUAAGGACAGAAUCAAAUGACAUUUAAUUUAAUACCGCGUCGUGAAAAAUUCGUUUUACUUACUAAUGAACUUUUAGCGCAAUCCAGCCGUGUG